GGCAAUCAUGAAGUCCUCAACUCUCCUCGCACUCCUAGCUACUGCGAUCACUCCUAUCGUUGCCAUCAGCGGCCAAGCGACAACGACAAGAUACUAUGAUGGACUAGAAGGAGCAUGUGGAUGCGGGACGAGCAGCGGUGCUUUCAGCUGGCAGCUCGGCGUAGCCAGUGGUGUCUACACAGCGGCGGCAUCUCAAGCAAUAUACUCUUCGUCUGGUGCAACUUGGUGUGGGGCUGGCUGCGGCACAUGCUACAAUCUGACCUCGACCGGCUCUUCACCAUGCCAGGACUGCGGCACAGGCGGUGAUGCUGGACAAAGCAUCAUUGUCAUGGUGACGAAUCUCUGUCCGAAUAAUGGGAAUGCCCAAUGGUGUCCGGCUGUGGGAGGAACGAACGAAUACGGGUACAGUUAUCACUUCGAUAUCAAUGCUGAGAGCGAGGUAUUUGGUGACAAUGUGGUGGUGAAUUUCGAGGAGGUAGCUUGUCCGAGCGCAGCUGUGUCGGACUACUCACAGUGUGUUUGUGCGGCAUGAAAUAAACAUGAUGGGAUGCGUGUACAUAGGAGAUUAUUGCCAAUGUUGUACAUAAGGGAG